GCGGGCGGUGUCUGCCGCCUCUGCCACCACCUCCGCGGCCUGAGAACCUGCCUCCUCCGCCACCGCCUCCGCCUCCUUUCCCUCCUCCUCUUUCCCGGGUUCCUUCGCUUCCUCUCCACGACCCAGGCCCUCUGUCUCUGAGAAGAGGCCGUAUUCGGUCUCCUUCGCGGGUCCGGGGCGCAGCAAUGGCGGACGGCAGUGGCGGCGGGGGCACGGGCGCAGUGGGCGGCGGUGGGGCGGGCCAGGCCUCGGCGGGGUCGGCGACAGGCGGGACGGGGGCCGGCGGCAGCGGCGGCCCCAUCAACCCGGCCUCACUGCCUCCCGGCGACCCGCAGCUCAUCGCUCUCAUCGUGGAGCAGCUCAAGAGCCGGGGCCUGUUUGACAGCUUCCGCCGGGACUGCCUGGCCGACGUGGACACCAAGCCAGCUUACCAAAACCUGAGGCAGAAAGUGGAUAAUUUUGUGUCAACACAUCUGGACAAGCAGGAAUGGAAUCCUACGAUGAACAAAAACCAAUUGCGAAAUGGUCUGAGGCAGAGUGUGGUUCAGUCAGGGAUGUUGGAAGCUGGAGUGGACAGAAUUAUUUGUCAGGUGGUGGAUCCCAAACUAAACCACAUCUUCAGGCCACAGAUAGAACGAGCAAUUCAUGAGUUCCUGGCGGCCCAGAAAAAAGAAGCUAUGCCAGCGCCCCCUCCAGAGCCUGAAAGCCAAGACCCUCCAACUCCAUCCCAGGAUGCUUCAUAAGAAUAUGCUGGACACAUUUUGGAAGCUCCAUUGAAUUAAUAGUGAAGAAAUGGAUUUGGUUACCUACGAGUACAACUUCAGAAUGAAGACAGGCCAAGGUCACUGAUUUCAAGAUUCAACCUUGACUGUGGGGCAGUGUCCAGAUUGAACAGGGCGCAAGUUUGGCAGUGGGAGAGUUGGCCAUGUGUGCCCCCGCAUUGUGCUGCCAUCUGGCCAGCCUGUCCAAGGGGAUGACACCCAGUAGACACUACAGAGAUAUAAAGAAACACUACAUCAACCUGGGACUGUCCCGUAACAAACCCUUAUACUUGAACUUGGAGACUGUGUGUGCAUUUUAGGGUUUGUGCUUGAGGAUAAAUAAAAGCUACAAUGAAGGAACAUAACCAGUCCCGAGGACUCAAUUUCAAAGAAUGACAGUAGAGGUUAGCUGGGAGUAGGUAUUUGACAGUGCUUAUUUGAUACUGUUUCUCAGAGUUGCAAACUAGAAUGUACAGACCAUUAGCAUCAAAUAGCUUUAAGGUUGUUGUGACUCCCUUGUACAUGAAUCUUGUAGCCCCCAGUUUCCUUUCCCCUGUAGGAGGUGACAAAACAUGGGUCCCUAGAAUGUAUGAGGAAGUCCAUGUGGUAGGUAUAAGGAAAGACAUUCUCAGGCUCUCUGUCAGGGCUUUUUUCUAUCCUGCAAGGGCUAGUGAAGCUUGGGUGUGUUUAUUUUAUUCUCAUGUUUGUGUUUUUUAGAAAAGUGAAUAAUGAUAAAUGGCUUAAGUUUUAUAAUAAAAUCAUUUGAUACUCUUA